AUGUUUGACUUUGGGAAGUCACAUGGCGAUGUAACAGAAGUCAAGUGGGUGACCUGGUUUAUGGAGGCCCACGAUGAAGCACCCGCUGAGUUGGCCGCGCUAAUGAAGUGCCUUCAAGUAGCCGUACAGUUCGACACCAAGAUCCUCGACGCCGACAUUCGAGUAAGUCGAAUGCUCGACAACUUGAUGAAAAUCCUCGAGGCGUACAGCCAAGAGUGGGUGCUCCAUCAGGAAGCGAAGUUGAUGACGUGUUUUGUUAACGUCAAGCGGCUGCUGCAAUCCUCGAUUGGGUACCAGCUAUAUGGUGGCAUGGACGAAGAAAAACCUUCGAAGCCGCCGAAGGAAAAACUCGCGGCCUCGACCACGUUUCAGCCCGGUCCAGAUGAGCCACCGGAGCGACCGAUGCCCAAGUGCCUGAAAUAUCAGUCGACGGCACACGGAGUGCGGGAACAUCCCAGCAUUACAGAUGCCGAGGUAACGUUGAUGGACGACUUCCAUCAGGCGUGCCAUCGGUCGGUGAACUUCUUGUCAAGCACAACGCCUGCGAACAGCAUGGAGUGUCAAGCGUCGAUCGAGAACGUUAUCACACUUCCUCAAGCGUUGCUUGACUCUGGGUCCGACGAGACUUUGGUGUCAGAAGGCCUCCUCGUUGCGCUGGAGCGCCGCCUUGGUGCAACGUUGAGGCAAAGCCAAGAAGCCACGGUGACGUUGGAGACGUCAAUCGCCCAUUGGUCUUGCAUGGACUUGGAGCGUGGCAGCGUCGAGUCUAUGGCCGAAGCGGGAGAUGCCAGCCAGACGUCGGCGAACCCUGAAGACGCAUUGUACGCCGAGGACGUGGCGUGCGCAUUCUCGAUUGUCGAGGCCAUCCAGCUUGGCCUCUCCCCUGCGCAAGAAGUCGAACUGUGGCGUAUUUUGAAUGAUCAUGCCGAUCUCUUUCGCCUAGAAUUUGGACAAGACUUGCCGAUGUGGUGCUCGUUCAUGACACCGUUCGGUGCUUACACGCCAACCAGAAUUCUCAUGGGACAGACGGAUGCCGUGGCCUAUUACCAGUCCGUGGUGAACCAAAUGUUCGUCGAACUGUUUUACGCCGGGGUGCUGGGUUCGUUGGACGAUCUGUUGGGGUGCGCCGACAACUCAGACAGUCUGUUUGUGUUGUUGGUCAAGGUGCUGCUUUCCAUCUGCAGAAAGGUCCUCCUCAAGCUGCAUCCGAAGAAGUGCUUUUUCUUCUUGAAAGCCAUGUGGUGCGGGAAAGUCAUUUCCGCCGAAGGGAUCUCCCAUUCCCCUGAUCGAGUUGAGGGCCUGUGUGCAUUGGAGACGCCAACGUCUGGUGCCGAUCUGCAACAAUUUGUCUGCGCGACUAAUUGGAUGCGCAGCUCCAUCCCCAGCUACUCGGAGAUGAUUGAUCCGCUGCGGGGCGUGUUGGACCUGGCGGCGAAGGCCGCUGGUGGGCCGAAGAAGAUGGCGCUGGCGCGAAUCAAGUCGGCUGCUGUUGGGUCGGCGUCCGCACACGAUGCGUGUUUUGCUGCGAUCAAUGACAUGUCGCGGAAAAUGGUACCGCUGUCGCAUCCAUCCGCAGACAUGGUCAUCUGCCUUUACACCGAUGCCAGCGAUACGCAUUGGGGUGCCGCCUGCACCCAGAUCCCACCCGAAGACCUAGAGCUGCCCGUGGAUCAACAACGGCACGAGCCGUUGGAAGCGUUUGCGAUCGUCGAAUCGUGCAAACGACUGGAGUACCUGCAGCUCCGGCAGCAGGGAUUCAGACUGUUCACCGACCACCGCAGUUUGCUGUACAUCUUUAACACGCUGAGUUACAACAGCAACAUGGCUCAGUACCAAGCCAACAAUCUAAAACGGUGGACUAUGGUGAUGACGAUGACGACCUUCUCCUACAUCAUCGAGAGUGUGGCGGGGGGAGCGAACGUGCGGUUGGGCCUGCUUAGGCGAUGGGAUGCCGCUCCAUUACCUGCGGCAGUGGCGAGAGUGCGACAACUGGUUGAACUGGUUGUUGUCUCGCCCCUACAAGACAAGGAUUUCGCCUGGCUGACGCCGGCGAAAAUACUGGGAAUAAAGAAGGCAGCCUGGAAAGCUGCCGUCGAAGACGUCCCCAAUAUUUGGAUCCCCGAGUCCGCUGUGGAUCUGCAGCAGCGAAUUUGCAUCAUAGCCCACCAAGGCGUAGCCGGUCACCGCGGAGUGGACGUGACAACCCAAGGCGGUGCUGCCCUGCAUACGGAGCGCCCAAAUGAGUUCAUCCACUUCGACUGGCUCCAACUACCGCCAGCCGCGAAUGGCUGGAAUUACGUUCUGGUCAUCCAGGACGACAUGAGUGGGUUUUCGUCUGGUCCCUUCGGCAACGGCCGACGCGAAAAGCACGGCAAACGCCUUGAUGGAUUGAACGAAGUCGUGGGCAAGAUCAAGAGGAUGAUCGUCUGA